AUGGCGAUGAGGGAGCGCGUCGCCCGCUACUGCGAAAUGUAUUUGGCUGCCAGUCGUGGCCAAGAAGACCCGUACCGCAGCCCGAUCCGCCCGACGCUGGUGAUCCACGAGACCUUCAGCCUCAGCGAGCGAGCGGAAUUGGCUGUGCUCGGACUGCAGAAAGAAAACGAGGUACAGCUGCCGGCGGAGGUGAAAUGGUGCGAGGUAGGCAUCUACUUCUUGGGAAAGAGCUGUGGUCCCGCUCCGCUCGACUCCCUAGUCGUCCUGAUCCCGGCGCCCGCGUUGGCGUCAUACUCG